AAGUGGCCGUGCUGCGCGGCUUCUCUGACCUGUUUUCUUGCCAUUAUUGUAAGAUUGGGUAGGAGGGUUGCUCCAGGUACCGCAUUGGUGUGUGUUUGCGUUUUUGCACUGUUGAGUGAUGCAUCCCUACCCUCAUGUAAACCACCCGGUUGCCUGCAGCUAUGGGAGGGAAGAUAUAAAUUCCUCGGUAGUCCAGAAUUCUUUCCACCUCUCGCCCUCAAGUCCCCCCCAGAUUUAUCAUGUCAUCAGCCCGCAUAGCAACCACCGCUACACGGAAAAGGAGCACGACAGGGUGCCUAGUGUGCCGCCUGAGGGGCAAGAGAUGCGUACGCCCUUCCGGAAGUCCUGUCUGCUCCGACUGCAACUACUUUCGAAUUCAAUGUCAUGGACGGGUGGGGUCAAUCCCGUCUAGGAUGAGGAAUCAUUACGCCUGUCAGGCCGCUCGCGAGGAGAUCCACGACGCUAUUAGCAGUGCAAAGUCCCGCAUCUACCACCAUACAUUACCUGCAACCGAGAAGUUUUCGGGUUUGUUGGAACGGGCGAUGUUGAGCCGGUUGAAUACCCGGGCCACUCCGUCACCCCAAUAUCGGGCAGCCUCACCUCAGCACCGGGUUCGGCCGAGUGAUACAUCGACUCCUGCAACCUCCCCCAUUAGCAGCUCUGGAACAAUGGACUCGGCUCACUCUGAGCUUAUCCCCGGAUUCACAUCAUUCCCCUUACUUCCGCCGUAUGUCUCAAGUCCCGCCCCCGAUUUCGACCUGCUACCUGGGUCCUCAACCUCUUCAAUGGCUAGCGACCAGAGCAUGAACUGGCUGGAAUGCGAUGGCCAACCGCCGAUACCCACAUAUCUUGAUUCGUCGUUGCCCCAGCAAGACAUUCAUGUGAUCAUCGAGAGCUUGAGACCAUUCCUGUGGAAAUACGGGUACGAGCUCGUUCCUUUCAGGUGAUAACGUUGUCGUGAGGGUGUUGUGCCGCUACACCAUUAGAGAAUCAUUCUGCUACUGGGUAGUCGAUUUUCUCGUGAUGUUGUAUACAUCGUAGUGCUAAUGAUGUAUAUGUUGUGGUUGGCGCAAAGUGUUAUGAAUUACCUGAUUCUCCUUGCCCUUAACCCGAACGGUUGCAGGCAAACCCUCGAUCUCAUAUCCUGGCUUGGAGAACAUCAUUUCCGCCAGCGAAAGAGGCUCUUGUAGUCUGUACAUGGAGACGUACGCCGUACUAGAUGACUAGGGAGACAAAUCAACGAUUACAUAUAGGGAGACGGAGUAGGAUGGCCGCUGGCGUUGUCGGGUGGUCUGGGAC